CCGUGAAGCUGUAUCUCACCGCACAACUUGAGAGCUCCACCACCCGCGUUUCCACGCCGAUCCAUUCUGACCGUGGUCCGCAAGCCACCGCCGACCUCCGAAUCCACCCUACCGUUCACUCGCCACAAUGUCCGACGACGAUGAUUUCAUGCAGGAUUCGGAAGAGGAGUACGACUUCGAGUACGAAGACGACGACGAAGAGCAGAGCGGCGAUGUUGAUAUCGAGAACAAAUACUACAAUGCAAAGCAACUGAAGGGCGACGAGCCUGAAGCGGCCAUCGAUGAGUUCCUGGGAAUACCGGCGCUGGAGGAGGCUAAGGGCGAUUGGGGCUUCAAGGGUCUGAAGCAGGCCAUCAAGCUCGAGUUCAAGCUUGCUCGCUACGACAAGGCCGUUGAUCAUUACAAAGAACUUCUGACGUACGUUAAAGCCGCCGUCACGCGAAAUUAUUCCGAGAAGUCCAUCAACAAUAUGCUCGACUUCAUCGAGAAGGCCGCCGAGGACCCAGACGCAUACCGCUGCAUGGAAAGGUUCUAUGCUCUGACGCUCGACACAUUCCAGAGCACUAACAACGAGCGGCUCUGGCUAAAGACAAAUAUCAAGUUGGCCCGACUCUGGCUGGAGCGGAAAGAAUACCGGCAGUUGACAGAAAAGGUGCGCGAAUUGCACAAGGCUUGCCAGAGGGAGGAUGGAACCGACGAUCCAAGCAAAGGAACCUACUCACUGGAGGUCUAUUCUUUGGAGAUUCUCAUGUAUGCAGACACACGGAACAACAAACGCCUGAAGGCUCUCUAUCAGCGAGCUCUCAAGGUCAAGUCAGCCGUGCCACAUCCAAAAAUCAUGGGAAUCAUUCGCGAGUGCGGGGGUAAGAUGCAUAUGAGCGAAGAGAACUGGAAGGGGGCACAGAGUGAUUUCUUCGAGAGCUUCCGAAAUUACGACGAGGCUGGGUCUCUCCAGCGGAUUCAAGUGCUCAAAUACCUUGUCCUCGCAACCAUGCUGUCGGGUUCGAACAUCAACCCCUUUGACUCCCAGGAGACCAAGCCGUAUCAGAAUGAUCCUCGUAUUUCCACAAUGACGGAUCUGGUCAAUGCGUACCAGCGCGAGGAUAUCCAUGACUACGAGAAGAUCCUGAAGAACAAUCAAGAUCUGCUUCAGGACCCCUUCAUUGCCGAGAAUAUUGACGAAGUCACGCGGAAUGUCAGGACCAAAGCCGUUGUCAAGCUAGUUGCCCCGUACACCCGGUUCACGCUUGCAUUCAUAUCGAAACAGCUCAAAAUCUCCCUUCCUGAGGUGCAAGACAUCGUUGGCUUUUUGAUCGUUGACAAGAGCCUCCGUGGCAAGAUCAACCAGCAGACUGGCACUGUGGAAAUCGAGAGUAGUACAGACAUGGAUCGGGUACAAGCGAUGGAAGAGUGGAGCGCCGCCAUUGGAUCUUUGUGGGCCACGGUCUUGAACGAGGGAGAGGGGUUCAAGUCGGACGACGGCGGCUCGCAGUAUGCACAGAGCGGCGGUGGACCAAUGAUGCAACAGAGCCUGAAUGGCCUGGGAGCCAAACAUGGACGAGCUCCAAAAGGCAAGGGUCCGGGUCGACUGCUUGGAGUUGGCAGUAAAGGAUGACUUGCAGAUAGCGUCUGCGAGCCAUGUCACAAGAAACCAACAAUGACUGGGUUUCGGGAGCAUGCCACGGGACUUUGAGUGCACGAUAGCGUCACGCAGGCUUUUCUGACCGAAUGGAUUGAAACAUGCGGGCAAGGAUCCCCAGGAAAAGAGAGCACGGUUGGUCACGCAGGUAGCACAGGAGUUUCCCUUCACACAAGCGAUGGCGGUCCGAGGCGGAGAAGUUCGGGAAUCUGUGGUCGCACGACAGGUAGCGGAACUUGAAAGAACAGAAACCGAUUGCGCGGAUGGCCAGGCAAUUCAGCCCCGCUCAU